GCGCGCGCUCAGACAUCAACAAAGCUUUGGGGGCCGCGUGUUGGGUGGGUUGCCUGGGCGCGCGGCUCUCUUGCUGCGGGGUGACUGUUGGGAGGAAGCGGUCAGAGGCGCUCCUUAAGGAGCGGGGCGUCUCUUUCUGGAGGGGUGAAGACCUGUCAGCUUCAUCCGUCUCCAUUUUGGUGUCUGCCUGUUGUUGCUGCUGCUGCUAACGUUUGGAGGGCUCCUUCUCGCCCAGGUACCAGCUACUGACAAUGUCGGCAGAAACCCACGACUCUCAUGUGGCAGAGGUGAAACCGUUAGUAGAUAGAGAUGAGGUGAUCUCACGUCUUCUGCCUGACGUUGAUGUUGAAGAACAAGAUGUUGAGACGGUGCAUGGUUCGGUCCAUGUCACCAUGUGUGGGACUCCAAGAGGAAACAGACCUGCCAUUCUAACAUACCAUGAUAUUGGACUGAAUCAUAAAACCUGUUUCAACCCCCUCUAUAAUUAUGAAGAUAUGCAAGAAAUCACACAUCACUUUGCAGUCUGCCAUGUGGAUGCCCCUGGACAGCAAGAUGGAGCCGCCUCUUUUCCAACAGGAUACAUGUACCCUUCCAUGGAUCAACUGGCUGAAAUGCUCCCUGGAAUUCUAAAACAGUUUGGAUUGAAAAGUGUGAUUGGAAUGGGGACUGGAGCUGGCGCCUACAUCUUAACCAGAUUUGCGCUUAACUAUCCUGACAUGGUGGAAGGGCUUGUUCUUAUCAAUGUCAACCCAUGUGCCGAAGGAUGGAUGGAUUGGGCAGCAACCAAGAUCUCUGGAUGGGCUCAUGCCCUACCUGAUAUGGUAAUCUCACAUCUUUUUGGCAAGGAUGAGAUUCACAACAACCAGGAUUUGAUCCAAACGUAUCGCCAGCACAUCAUGAAUGAUAUGAAUCAAAACAAUCUGCAUCUUUUUGUCAACUCCUACAACAGCCGAAGAGAUCUAGACAUUGAGCGUCCUGCACCUGGAUCACAAGUUGUUACCCUACAGUGCCCUGCACUCUUAGUGGUUGGAGACAGCUCUCCUGCAGUUGAUGCUGUGGUUGACUGCAAUGCUAAACUUGACCCAACAAAGACCACGCUCCUAAAGAUGGCAGACUGUGGUGGUCUUCCUCAGGUUUCCCAGCCUGCAAAGCUUGCUGAAGCUUUCAAAUACUUUAUACAGGGAAUGGGAUACAUGCCUUCUGCAAGUAUGACCAGGCUAAUGAGAUCCCGCACAGCAUCCGGUUCCAGUACCGCAUCCCUUGAAGGAGUCCGGAGCAGGACCCACACUGGUGAAGCUGCCCGGAGCCGAUCCCACACCGGCGAGGGGGUCAGAAGUCGGACCCAUACCGGUGAUGCCUCCCGGAAUCGUGCUCACACAGACACCCACAUUGAGCUCACUCCUAACUCCUCAAACAAUGCUGAGCAACCGAGUCCCAAAUCCAUGGAGGUUUCCUGUUAAAUGAAAAGGGUUUGAAUUGGAAUUGAGAUCCAACAGGCACCCACUGUGUAUCACAAUAUUUGAUAUUUAACCUGAAGUGUUUACUGUAACACAUCACUCUCUUCCCCACCAGCAUUCGACAGGGACCAAUAAACCAAACAUCUCGAUUGCUCUGUUUUCCUAGCAGAGAUUGCUGCUAUUCUUUUAUCCAAUUAAUCUUAGAUUCUUUGAAACUUGUCCAGUAGUAAAGCUAACAGCAUUUGUGAGCGCCAAGAUUGAAACUUAAACCUACUGAGAGUCUUGCUGAGAAAAUAUUUGAAGUAAAUAUUCUGCCUCCUGCCUCUUUUGACACUUUAUUAAAACAUGCCCCAUUUGAGUGAGAUUUGCUUUGGGUAAAGCAAUGCAUGAUGGGAGGCUUUUUAAAAAGUUGCAGCCUCAUGUUGAAGCUGGAAUUACUCAAAACUGUACAUAUUUAAAUAAUCAAAUGGUAUUGUGCAUUUUGGCCUUUUGAGUAGUGUUUAAGGCCGGUUUUCUUAUGUUAAUAUGUGAUUUAAAUAGGGGACCUAAUGCAACUUUCACGUAAACGAAAUCUUUACGCCUCAAUUUGAUGUCUGAAGCUUAGUUGCAGUGUUCCCCCUUCUAGAACUUCUAUUGCUUAACCAAGUAAAGGCAAAGUUCAAAUCGCUAUAAAAAGUAUACUAGCAUUCAGUCUUCGGUCUUGCAUCUCAUUGGGCAUUUGGAGGUCGCAAAGUGACUUUUCAGAGUUGUACCACUCAGGGUGAUUGUGCCUGGCUGGCAAGGAGGAGUGGCGGAUGUGGCCUCUCAGUUUCUCUGCAAGUUGUCUUCUCUGGUCUCUGCUGGCCGAAAGUGUUUUUGGCAAUUGUGCACAUACAGGGUUCUCUAACCAAAUCCAGCAGAAAAUUGUCUUAGAAGGUGGAAAUGUACUGUAUAUUCAACUACCAUGCGGAUCAGGCCCUAAUAAUUCAUGAUUAGGCCUGGUAUGGGAUAAGCACGUUCCCCAAUGUUUGAGGGAAAGAGAUGCAAAACUAGGCUGAAGAUAUAAAUGACUAUAAAUGUAAAGGCACACAUUGAUUCUGCAACUUAAAGCUAUCCUCCUGAUGUAUGCUGAGCCAUAUUUUGGGAAGCAGUGGGCAACCCAACAGAUUUCCAGCAUCGAUAGGAAUGUAACUUUUACAGGGGGUUUUUUGGCCGCUGGCUUUUUAUCUAUUUGCUACAUCACAAUUCUUAAUAUAGCUAAUGAUUUUCAGAUAUUGAGGAUUUAAAGCAUCGUAUCUCAAUGCCUGAAUAUCUUUGGUAGUUCAAGAGAACUGAACUCUAAUGUAGGUUAAUCACCUUUUUUUUAAAAAAAAAUUGACAACUUGAGUUUCCCGGGUGGUUUGUAGGGAGGAACAGAAGAUUGUAAUUGAGAGGUUGGACUUGUCUAUUUGGGGAAAGUUUAUUAAUGAAUUAUUUGUAUUUAUUUCAAAGAAAAAAUAAAUUUGUAACUUUGCA